AUGCUGCUGGAUAAGGGUGCUGACUUCAUAACUCAAGACAACAAUGGUUGGACUCCACUGAAUGAAGCAUCAUGUAAUGGACAUGCAGAAAUUGUCAAACUGCUUCUUGAGAAAGGUGCUGAUUUCACGACUCAAAAUAACAAUGAUGCUGCGGAUAAGGGUGCUGACUUCGUGACUCGCAACAGCAAUGGCUGGACACCAUUCCAUGUGGCAUCAAAUAGGGGACAUGUUGAUGUUGUUGAACUUCUGCUUAGGGCUCCGCACUUUAACAAACCUGAGGGGGAUACCCUUGGCCGCACAGCCUUGUUUCUACCUUCUCGAAGUGGACAAGUGGACGUGGUGCAAUAUCUGCUAUCACUAAAACGUUUUGAUCCUGAUACCAAGAACUAUAACGGCUCCACGGCAUUAUCGACUGCCGUAGCUAAUGGGCACUGUAAAGUCGUGGAACUUCUCAUCGCUGCUGGUGUUAAUGCUCAGGAUCAACUUCAUGUUGGGCGCAGCCUACUGUGGUGGGCGUCUCACGCCGGUAAACCGCAGAUGAUCAAGAUGUUGUCACACCCUAUGGAGCUGGGUGAAACUUUCUCCCAGGCUGAUAAAGCAGUCACGGCUUUUGAUACCGCAGCUGCCUGGUGUGAUGUUUUUGAGGCAGCACAACUUCUGUACGCCUAUGUUGUUUACGACUUUGACGCCGACACUUGGGGUGCAGGAAAGGGCUACAUUGCCAAGAAAUGCAAGGGCUCUGCCGACUCCAGUGGCAAAUGCACCUUAGACGAGUUUCUCAACUACCUCAAGGAUUUUGCAACGGCAUUUCUUGACACCGGUUUGAGGGAGCGCUUACUCGACCUCAAAGACAUCAAAGUGGAGAUGAAAGAUCGUGGGGGCGAGUACAUUAAGAACAUACAAUCGAAAGUAGUCGACUGGGAAUGA